AUGGCGUUUAGAUGCCGUCUCCAACGAGCCAAUGUCACCCGCAACACGUGGCAGAACCCCAUGAGUGAUAUAAGCUAUGAAGAGGAUAUAAGUUUCAAGCAUGAUAAAGAAUCGAUAAAAAAAUGCAUUGAGAGUUUCAACAGCUCCUUCCCACCAAGAUCUGUGUAA